AUGGGAGAGUUUGAAGAACAUGCAUUGGAUAGACCAGAAGAACGGGAAACUGAAGAUGGCAGUCCAGGUGAACGGGAAAUCGACGAUUGCACUCCAGGUACAUCACACGUAGUGCCAUCGUCGAAAGGUGAUGAUAUGAUUGAGGAGCCAAAGUCGGGCAUGGAGUUCAAUUCGUUUGAAGAUUUGUUUAGGUAUUAUAAGCAGUACGCUAAGCAAUGCGGUUUUGGGGUGAUGACACAAAGGAGUGAGAGGUCAGAGGAUCAAAGUGUCAGAUAUGUUACUCUUGGUUGUGCACGGGGAGGGAAGGCACGGGUUAAGACAUCCAAUGUUGCCAACCCACGUCCGACGGGAAAGACAGAUUGCAAGGCAAGGAUAAAUGCCUUGAGAGUCGAUGGAAAGAUGCAGUUGACAACAGUCAAUAAUUCACAUAAUCAUGUUACCAGCCCACAGAAAUCUCGCUUCUACCGAUGUAACAGAGAAGUGAGUGAGACAGUUAAAAGAGUCCUUGACACCAAUGACUUAGCGGGUAUCCGAUUGAACAAGAGUUACGGAUCUCUUGUAGUUGGUGCAGGUGGCUUUGAGAACCUGCCAUUUCUGGAAAAGGAUUGUCGCAAUUACAUCGACAAAGCCCGUCAUCUACGACUUGGUGCAGCUCCAAAGGCGAUAAUUACUGAUCAAGACAGAGCAAUGAAAAAUGCAAUUGCUAUUGUUUUCCCGGAAACGCGACAUAGAUUUUGCCUAUGGCAUAUACUGAAGAAGGCACCUGAGAAGCUUGGGGCAUAUGCUGCAUAUAAAAGCGGGUUGAAAACUGAGUUGAUGAAAUGUGUAUACGACACACAAACUAUUAAGGAGUUUGAAAAAUGUUGGGCCGUGUUUAUUAAUACAUACGACUUACAUGAGAAUGUGUGGUUGAAAAGUUUAUAUUUGGAGCGUGCGCAUUGGGUACCGGUUUUUCUAAAAGAGCACUUUUAG